AUGUUCCAAAAUACUUCGAAAUUGUUUCCAAAAUCUUUAAAAUCUUUACAAGGUUCUUGCAAAUCAAAUCAUAAUACCAUUAUUCCUCUAUUCUCAAAAUCUUUACCAUAUUUAAAUAAUUAUAAUUCAACAAUAAAAUUAUUGUUAUUACGUUUCUUAAGCACACAACCCUUUCCUCCAUUAUCAACGCCAACUUCCACUCAAAUAACAACACCACAAUUAACUCCCUCCUUACCUGAAAGACCUAAAUUUUUUCUUCAAAAAGAUUUUGAUUUCCUCAAAGCAAAAAUUAGUGAGGAAGAAGAUAAAAAUGAAGAAAAUGAAAGACCUUUAAGAGAGAAAGUUAUUCUGCUUUCUCAACGAGAUAAAUUGGAGGAAGCAGUUCAAUUAGUUUUAGAAUCUGAUAUAAAUGAUCAAUCCGAAAUAACUUGGAAUCAAUUAAUUGUUGAAUGUGUUGAUAAAGGUAGAGUAAAAUUAGGAAUUAGAUUGUUAAAUGAGAUGAAGAGAUUUUCUUUGCAACCUAGUCAAAAUACCUAUACAUUAUUAUUAAAUGGUUUAGCUGAAUAUCGAGCAUUACCUGAUAAUAUAUUUCACGCUAGAGCUAUUGUUGAUGGUAUUAGAAGAUCUAGUCGAACAAAAUCAACUUAUAGACUAACUGUAAAUCACGCGAAUUCUCUAUUAAAAGUUUGUUUUCGUGCCAACGAAUUUGAAGCUUUAAUAAGUAAUUAUGAUGUAUUUUUUAAUCCGGGAAAUCAAGGAAAUCUUUCUUUAACUCCCAAUAAGGAAACUAAUACCAUAGUUUUAGCUGCUUGUGCAAAAAAUUGUAAAAAACAUGCGGAUCAAGCUUUUCAAAUUGCUACAAAUAUUUGGUCAAGUGUUUAUGAGAGAGCAAUGUAUUUCGUUAGAAAACCAUCUCAAAGACCUAUGAAAGAAGAAGAUUCAAUUGAUGAUGAUUUAGUAUGUGCGGUUUUAUUAUGUUUUAGAAAUACUGGACAAGUUGAAAAAGGAUUUGAAAUUAUUAGAAAUAUUUACGGAAUUGGUGAUGAUACUGUUAGACCACUUCCUUAUAAUAUACAAAUAACAUCGAAAUCACUUGAUAUUAUGUUGGGAUUAUGUUUUAAAUCUCAACAACCAGAAUUAGGUGUUAAAUUAUUUAGUGAAGCUAGAAUAAGAUUUCCAAAUAUGGUACCUGACAUACAAAAUUUUAAUAGUUUAAUAUCACUUUUCAAUGAAACUAAACGAUAUGAUGAAGCAAUUGGAGCUUUUAAACAAGUUCUCGAAUUAGGACUUGAACCAGGAUCUUUAACAUUUGAUUUACUUAUGGAAUCUUGUAAAAAUACUAAAAAUUUAGAUAUUGUAAAAGAUAUUUUUGGAAUUAUAAUUAAACAUCGAGUAAUUCCUAAAGCAACUGCGCUUACCAAGAUUUUAGAGAUGACUAUGGAAUCAGAUUCAAACAUUAUGGUGAGAGAAGUUCGUUGGAUAUUAAAUAAAGUUGAUCAAAUAGGACUUAAUGAUCCAAUAUCACUUGUGGAAUCUGCUACUAGACAAGGUGUUCCCAAACUUCCAUUCGAAAUUGAUGAUGAAACAUUUUUAAAAACUAUUAUAAAUGCUUAUGGUGUAGCAUUAGAUAAAUCCGGAGGUAAAUUACCCGACAAUACAGAAGAACGAUGGAAAAAUAAUUUAAAAUUUUAUAAAACUCGACUUUGGGAUUUAAAUCAAAAAAAUUCACAGAUUGAACAAAGUAGAUUUUUAAAAGAUAAAAUUAUUACCAAGAAAAAAAAUUGGAAAACAAACGAAUUGGUUGGAUGA